GGAGAGCUUCUACACUAAAACUUAUUUUACAGGUUGUUUGAAUCGUCAAGGGCGGAAAACACCAAAGUCUCCUCCUCCUCCUCCUCCUCCUCCUCCUCCUCCCCGCCCAACUCUUCUCUCCUCUGGAGGAAAGAAACUGGCAGUCGAGGUGUGCUGAAGUGGAGGAUAGUUGGCUAACGGCCUCUUUGCGGAGGUUUCCUGGAGGUUUUUUUGGGAGAUAUUUGAGGUCAGAAACCUGCAGCCAUGUCUCCUUUCCUGAGGAUCGGGUUCUCCAACUUUGAGAUGGAUCCCGGUCUGGCCUACCACGAAGAGGUGCUGAACGCAUACUGUGCUGUUUACAUGAAGGAGGCCAUCGACACAGAAAAGGGCCAAGUGCACAAGCAGAAGAAGCCGACCAUGUACCCGCCGUGGAACACCACGUUCGAUGCCCACAUCCACCGCGGACGCAUCAUGCACGUGAUGGUGAAGGACAGGACGGCCGAGCUGAAGUCUGAGGCCACGGUGGCUCUGGACUCGCUGGCGACGCGAUGCAAGAAGGAGAACGGCAAGCUGGAGAUCUGGCUGGAGCUGAAGCCACAGGGACGCCUGCUGAUGGAGGCCAAAUACUAUCUGGAGAAAAGUGACGCUGCGGGUCAGACCGAAGGAGACCAAGAGUCUGAGCCAGAGAGAGAGGGUCUGUUCGCCCUCCAUCAGCGGCGAGGUGCCAUCAAACAGGCCAAAAUCCACGUUGUCAAAUGUCACGAGUUCAGCGCCACGUUCUUCCCUCAACCGACCUUCUGCUCCGUCUGCAAAGAGUUCGUCUGGGGUCUAAACAAGCAGGGUUACCAGUGCAGAGAGUGCAACGCAGCGAUUCACAAGAAAUGCAUAGACAAAAUAAUCGCUAAAUGCACGGGUUCAGCCAUCAACAGCAAAGAAACGAUGAUCCACAAGGAGCGCUUCAAGAUCGACAUGCCUCACAGGUUCAAAGUCUACAACUACAAGAGUCCCACUUUCUGCGAACACUGCGGGACGCUGCUGUGGGGGCUCGCCAAGCAGGGGCUCAAAUGUGAGGAAUGCUGCAUGAACGUCCAUCAUAAAUGCCAGAAGAAAGUGGCCAACCUGUGUGGGGUCAACCAAAAACUGAUGGCUGAAGCUCUGGCCAUCAUCGAGAGUAAACAGCAGGCCAGAAGCACCAGAGACACGGACACUGAAAUCAUCAGUCGAGAAGGUCCAGUAGGCAUCAGCCAGCCGGGGGUGGUCCGAGCUCCGUCCGGGUUAGUAACGGCUGCAACAUCCACAGCUACACCUGCGAACAAAGAGGUGCAGGGUAUUUCAUGGGACGGGCCUACUGAUGGCAGGUCGAUCACUGAGGCGCUGACGGAAGAGGAGCCUCUGUACGCCGUCCCCAAAAAGGAACACCAUCCAAAAUUCAACGUCGAUGACUUCAUCCUGCACAAGAUGCUCGGGAAAGGCAGCUUCGGCAAGGUGUUUUUAGCCGAGCUGAAGAAAAGCGGGCAGUUCUACGCGGUGAAGGCUCUGAAAAAGGACGUGGUGCUGAUGGACGACGACGUAGAAUGCACCAUGGUGGAGCGGAGGGUCCUCUCUUUAGCCUGGGAGAACCCUUUCCUCACGCACCUUCACUGCACCUUCCAGACCAAGGAGAACCUGUUCUUCGUGAUGGAGUAUCUGAAUGGAGGGGAUCUCAUGUUCCACAUCCAGUGCUGCCACAAGUUUGACCUGCACAGAACCACCUUCUACGCAGCUGAAAUCAUCUGUGGACUCCAGUUCCUGCACUCUAAAGGAAUCAUUUACAGGGAUCUGAAGCUGGAUAACGUGCUGCUGGACUCUGAGGGUCACAUAAAGAUAGCAGACUUUGGCAUGUGUAAGGAGAGCAUGCAGGAAGAGUCUCGGACCUCCACAUUCUGUGGGACACCGGACUACAUUGCUCCCGAGAUCUUGCUGGGUCAGAAGUACAACAGCUCCGUGGACUGGUGGUCGUUUGGGGUGCUGCUGUACGAGAUGCUGAUCGGUCAGUCUCCGUUCCACGGCCGCGAUGAAGAGGAGCUGUUUCAGUCCAUACGAACCGACAACCCCGUUUACCCCCGCUGGCUCACCAAAGACGCCAAGGACAUCCUGAUCAAGUUGUUUGUGAGGGAGCCUGAGGAGCGACUGGGAGUGAAGGGAAACAUCCGACAGCACAAUUUCUUCAGCUGCACCGACUGGACGGCCCUGGAACAACGGAAGGUGGAGCCGCCCUUUAGGCCAACUAUAACGUCGCCCAGUGACUGCAGUAACUUUGACAAAGAGUUCAUCAACGAGAAGCCUCGGCUGUCGUGCGCCGACCGGACGCUCAUCAACAGCGUCGACCAGACCAUGUUCAGAAACUUCUCCUGCGUUAACCCGGGGAUGGCUCGCAUGGCAGCGCGCUGACCGCCGGAUCAACAACCUACUACCUAACAAACAAGCGGCUCAAGUCGCAACCAGCACUUACUGUAACUGAAACAAACUGCAGAGACUUUUGACAGUGAAUGUCACAAAACUCAACUGUAUCCAUAAACAUGAUGAUAACCACUAAAGGGGGUGUCCUGGGUAAACAACACACAUAAAGCAACUGUGAUCAUUUUCACUCGUCUUAACCGUCUCUCUCUUUCAAUUUUUUUAUUUAAAUGAAACUAAAAUAUUCACAAAAAUAUUUAAAAAACGGACAAACAAAACAAAUUCUGAGCUAAAACAAAGAGGCAAAGAAAAAAACAAAAUAAACAAACUAACAGUUUAACUAAAGUCCGUUAUUAGGCCUCACUUUAAAUUCUUAAAAUACAUACUGGCAUAGAAUUAAUUAACUAUAGAAUUAUAGUAUUCAACCCCCUGAACUUGCCUUUGUGCUUAUCAGGGUGUGUUUAUCAAUAGAAAAUAAACUUUCGGUGCCUCAUUAAACUUUAUUUGGAUAAUUUCUUCAAGUAAAACAAACUGAGAAAUUUGAUUACACACAAUUAAAUAAAAUGUUAAUAUUUUGCUUCCUGUCCUAUUCCAUAGCUUAAACAGUUAAACAGUCCUUUACCUCCCUGUUGUGUAAAUAAAUGUAGUCUAAUUAUGUCGUUAUACUGUACUGUCAGUUAUAUGUUAGCAGGUUUUUGUUAACGUGUCUUAAUGUACCUCAGGAGUUUUAUUAAUGCUGUAAUGUAGAUCAGGUACUAUGAUCGGCUGUAUACUGUAGUUUUAAUCCUUCUCUUCUCUAUUGGGAAUCAUGUACAGUAAAAUGUGUGUUUUUUUUAGACUGCUGUCUGUUUUGUUUCUGAUUAAAACAAAACUUUUGGUUCA